UGUGCUACCGGGGAUGAAUGUGUAUUAGUGGCAUACAGUGACUCUUGAACUACAGUGUAGUGUACUUAUAGUACUCUCAUUGUAACAUACUCUAGUAUGUAAAGUACUGUUUUGACGGCCAUGCAUUAUGCUAUUCACUAUAAAGUACUGUUUUGCCGGCCAUGCAUUAUGCUAUUCACUCAGUAUCAUCUCUCUUAUCAGGACCUGGAAGUUGCGGGUGUUUCGGUCUACCGGGCACUCUGAGCUGUGGAUCAGUUUUAGCGGAAAUAUUCCUACUCCUUUGCCAAUUUUUGUGGAAAUAAUGAUAUCAUAAACCAGAUCUCUCGCCCUUCCCCAUCAAAACGCAUGUGAUUAAAUUACGGACAUUCCAAGGUUACGGGCUGUGCCGGAUCCCUGACCGUCCGGACACACGAGAUAUGAAUGUACCAGUCAUUUGACCUUGGAUAUACAGAAUCAUGGCUGCAGAGUAUGAAUUGUACGGCCAAUGCAGGGGUGUCGGAAGGCAAUUUAGUGUGGUAUGGUCAGCCGUCUGAGGUACAAUUUACGCGUGAGGGAGGGGUGGCUGAGCCGAAAAUUUUGGAAGUUUAGAGCCCAAAUCAGUGCAUUUUGUUGAUUCACGGGGUACUUGGGGCAAAGAGUGGUACGGUCAAUACCGUACUGACCGUACCGUGUCCGACGCCCCUGCCAUGUUGAUACACUCUACUCAGGUUUCGCUGUAUUAGUCGUGACUAUGCAAACUUCUUUGUACAAUUGUGCGAGGUGAAAUCCGAAGCAAGGAGCGUACAUAUACAGUAAAACCUGUCAAGGUGACCACCUGUCCCAAAAGACCAUCGUACCCAGGACCAAGGGAUGCUAUUUCCACUCAAAUGACCCUGGAUAAGGAGACCACCUGGUAACAGAGACCACGUUUUGAAGGACCUUUGAGCGGUCGUCUUAGACAGGUUUCACUGUACAUGUACUCAGUACUUGCACGGCUGUUGAUCAGUGCUGUUGAUCAGUGCUGUUGAUCAGUGCUGUUGAUCAGUGCUGUUGAUCAGUGCUGUUGAUCAGUGCUGUUGAUGCUGUUGAUGCUGUUGAUGCUGUUGAUGCCGUUGAUGCUGUUGAUGCUGUUGAUGCUGUUGAUGCUGUUGAUGCUGUUGAUGCUGUUGAUCAGUGCUGUUGAUGCUGUUGAUGCUGUUGAUGCUGUUGAUCAGUGCUGUUGAUGCUGUUGAUGCUGUUGAUGCUGUUGAUGCUGUUGAUGCUGUUGAUGCUGUUGAUGCUGUUGAUGCUGUUGGUGCUGUUGAUGCUGUUGAUGCUGUUGAUCAGUGCUGUUGAUGCUGUUGGUGCUGUUGGUGCUGUUGAUGCUGUUGAUGCUGUUGAUGCUGUUGGUGCUGUUGAUGCUGUUGAUGCUGUUGAUGCUGUUGAUGCUGUUGAUCAGUGGUGUUGAUGCUGUUGAUCAGUGCUGUUGAUGCUGUUGAUGCUGUUGAUGCUGUUGAUGCUGUUGAUCAGUGGUGUUGAUGCUGUUGAUCAGUGCUGUUGAUGCUGUUGAUGCUGUUGAUGCUGUUGAUCAGUGCUGUUGAUGCUGUUGAUGCUGUUGAUGCUGUUGAUCAGUGCUGUUGAUGCUGUUGAUGCUGUUGAUGCUGUUGAUCAGUGCUGUUGAUGCUGUUGAUGCUGUUGAUGCUGUUGAUGCUGUUGAUGCUGUUGAUGCUGUUGAUGCUGUUGAUCAGUGCUGUUGAUGCUGUUGAUGCUGUUGAUGCUGUUGAUGCCGUUGAUGCCGUUGAUGCUGUUGAUGCCAUUGAUGCUGUUGAUGCUGUUGAUGCUGUUGAUGCUGUUGAUGCUGUUGAUGCUGUUGAUGCUGUUGAUGCUGUUGAUGCUGUUGAUGCUGUUGAUGCUGUUGAUGCUGUUGAUGCUGUUGAUGCUGUUGAUGCCGUUGAUGCUGUUGAUGCCGUUGAUGCCGUUGAUGCCGUUGGUGCUGUUGAUGCUGUUGAUGCCGUUGAUGCUGUUGAUGCCGUUGAUGCCGUUGGUGCUGUUGGUGCUGUUGAUGCCAUUGAUGCUGUUGAUGCUGUUGAUGCUGUUGAUGCCGUUGAUGCUGUUGAUGCCGUUGAUGCCGUUGAUGCCGUUGAUGCUGUUGGUGCUGUUGAUGCUGUUGAUGCUGUUGAUCAGUGCUGUUGAUGCUGUUGAUGCUGUUGAUGCUGUUGAUGCUGUUGAUGCCGUUGAUGCCGUUGAUGCUGUUGAUGCCGUUGAUGCCAUUGAUGCUGUUGAUGCUGUUGAUGCUGUUGAUGCUGUUGAUGCUGUUGAUGCUGUUGAUGCUGUUGAUGCUGUUGAUGCUGUUGAUGCUGUUGAUGCCGUUGAUGCUGUUGAUGCCGUUGAUGCCGUUGAUGCCGUUGGUGCUGUUGAUGCUGUUGAUGCCGUUGAUGCUGUUGAUGCCGUUGAUGCCGUUGGUGCUGUUGGUGCUGUUGAUGCCAUUGAUGCUGUUGAUGCUGUUGAUGCUGUUGAUGCCGUUGAUGCCGUUGAUGCUGUUGAUGCUGUUGAUGCCGUUGAUGCCGUUGAUGCUGUUGGUGCUGUUGGUGCUGUUGAUGCUGUUGAUGCCGUUGAUGCCGUUGAUGCUGUUGAUGCUGUUGAUGCUGUUGAUGCCGUUGAUGCCGUUGAUGCCGUUGAUGCCGUUGGUGCCGUUGGUGCCGUUGAUGCUGUUGAUGCUGUUGAUGCUGUUGAUGCUGUUGAUGCCGUUGAUGCCGUUGAUGCCGUUGGUGCCGUUGGUGCCGUUGGUGCCGUUGAUGCCGUUGAUUCCGUUGAUGCCGUUGAUGCAGUUGGUGCCGUUGGUGCUGUUGAUGCUGUUGAUGCUGUUGGUGCUGUUGAUGCUGUUGGUGCUGUUGGUGCUAUUGGUGCUGUUUGUGCUGUUGAUGCCGUUGAUGCCGUUGAUGCGGUUGAUGCUGUUGGUGCUGUUGGUGCUGUUGGUGCUGUUGAUGCUGUUGAUGCUGUUGGUGCUGUUGGUGCUGUUGAUGCUGUUGAUGCUGUUGGUGCUGUUGGUGCUGUUGAUGCCGUUGGUGCCGUUGGUGCCGUUGAUGCUGUUGAUGCCGUUGAUUCCGUUGAUGCCGUUGAUGCUGUUGAUGCCGUUGGUGCUGUUGGUGCUGUUGAUGCUGUUGGUGCUGUUGGUGCUGUUGAUGCCGUUGAUGCCGUUGAUGCCGUUGAUGCCGUUGGUGUCGUUGAUGCCGUUGAUGCUGUUGAUGCUGUUGGUGCUGUUGAUGCUGUUGAUGCUGUUGAUGCUGUUGGUGCUGUUGAUGCUGUUGAUGCUGUUGGUGCUGUUGAUGCUGUUGAUGCUGUUGGUGCUGUUGGUGCUGUUGGUGCUGUUGAUGCUGUUGAUGCUGUUGAUGCCGUGCGAGUGUGAAUAUUGCUGAGCGUGUAGAGUGGUUUCACAUCAGUUUCUCAUGUGACUAAUUUGUGUAGAAAGUGAUCAUGACACUUGGACAGUGGAACCAACAUGGCCCACAUCACGUGACCCAUAUGCGCAGGGGAGGAGUGGAGUAGGAACCAACAUGCCUGCCCUGUAUGGUCAUGUGAUAUAUGUGAAACCACUCCAUACAAGUACAAAUACAGCAACGUGGUGGGCACUGGUUCAUUGGACCCAGUGUUGCACUGUGGGUCACAUUUCACUCAGUACAGUGCUGGCAAGUGAAAUCCAGCCCUGGGAAAACCCCAAUCCCGGGACUGUGCAACCCAAGCCCUGUGGACAGUGGACUGUGCAGUGAAAUGUGCCUCUGUUCUACUCAUCGGGUUGGAUUUCAUUUGUCAUCACUGCAUGUACAACUCCACUUGGUUCCUUGCUGUAAGAAGUGAACAUGUUCAAGUAUUACUUCCCUGUCUCCUUGCAACAGUCACUAAGACAUCAGCUAUCUUCUAAUCAGCUCUCUUCUUCGAUCACACCGACUGACGCGAGGGUAGCUCGACUGGAAGCGCCAAGCACAAGGGCAGAGAGUACCAUUUCACAGAGAAGUGAAGACGAGAGUAAGCAAACAGUGGAGGCACAGAACAAGAUCAUCGCCAGUCUUGAGUCUCAGCUAACAACUGCCGCAGAAGAAAUAAGAUCUCUCCGAGAACAGUUCACAAAGCGUCUCAGAAAACAACGAGCCAAAUCGGCGGAGCUUCGAACGGAGGCCGGAAUAACGAUUAUGACCUUGAGGGAGGAGAAUGUCCAUCUCACCGCGGAGAAUGAGCAACUAAAAAGUAGGUGAUGUGACAGGAUAAUGGCAUAGCCAGUGUGUUUGACUUAUUUUGGUUUCUUUGGUGUGUUUAGAUCAUGCAUGGAGUAAUGUACAUGACCGUGCAUUGCAUU